CCAACUUUUUACCGAAAUACUUUAUUGAUUGUAUUGACCGUUGCUCAUGGUCGUCAGCUAAUCUGUUCGCAGAUAGUCGUAGUAAUCCAUCUUAGUUAAAUUGUCUGAAUUCAUAUUCAGAUGUGUUUAUCAUCUUCCGGAUGGAAAUCCUAAAUGGAAUAUUAUUUUAUUUAAUCAACAUUUAAUUAGCAUUCCUAUGUUGUUUUUAUAGUAUGCGGAAUAUUUAAUACAAGUUCAAGCUGGGGAAUUAUACACUUGUAAAUGGAAAGAACCUAUUCAUGUUAUUGCUAUCAUUAUCGCUAUCACUAUCACUAUCAUCAUCAUUAUUAUUGCAAUUUUUUUUCAACGGUUUGGAAGUCAUUAAUCGGAUUUAAUGUUUCUAUCUAAUUAUAAUUUUACAAAAUCAUUUUUGUGGGAAUGGCGUAAUCAUCAACGGAAUAAUGUACCGGUCAAUUCAAGGAAAUACUAUUUGUAUACAUUUAUCUUAUUCACUUUAGUACUUUUGACUAGUUUUUCUUUGAUAACCUAUACACAAUCUGUUACACCGAAAGAGAAUUCUUCAGGUGAAUGGAAUAAUUACAACUUUGAUUCAUGUUCUUCUGAAUUAUGUAAAAUAAGUAGAGUGAAUCAAUCUGUACAUUCUGAAUCAAAUCAGAACAACGAUGAUGUCGUAGUAUAUGAUGAAGUUACUAGUACACCUUAUUAUAAACAUAUCCCUACAAAUUAUACUGCUCCACCAUUACUCAGGAAUAAACGGCUAAGUGAUACACAUUCACCGCCUCAUAUUAUACCAGAUUUACCAAGUUUACUACAAUUUUUUGAUCGUACUGGCCUUCAAGUGUUGUGUCGGGCUGCAGGUAAUCCAACACCACAAAUUCGAUGGUUUUCAUUGCCAACAAAUGGUCGACCGACUACAGCUAGUUUAGAUAGUUUAUUUUCGAGUAAUUCAGGAGGCGGUGGCGGUGGUGGUUCAUCCUCGUCAUCGUCUUCAACAUCUUCAGGAUAUGCAGAUCAUAGGACAAUUGAUUUUCAAAAUGAUGAAAAUUAUAUCAGUGAACUUGGAUUCAGUAGUCGUGUCAGGGAAACUCCUCAAGCUGAUCAGGCUGUGUCUUCAUCAGGUCAACAAGUCAAUGGAAAUACUGGUGUCAGCAAUGGUGUUAGCAAUACUAAUACAAAUAAUAAUAAUAACAACGAUAAUAUAAAACAGAAUUCAAACAGUCAAGUUGUUGUCGGUAAUGGUUGGCUAAAUUUCACGGCUACACGUUCCUCGACAAUGCGAAUGGUAUUUUUUUGUCAAGCUGAAAAUUAUCUUGGUCAAGCCAGAUCACGUAAAAUGGUUGUUCAUCAAGUUCCUAUGCCAGAUGAAAAUUUGAAGAUUAUCUAUAACACUUUCCCGAUUAAACCAAGACAAAAAGCUGUGGUUAGUUGUCAACCUGAACAGGGGAUAUUUAAUCGUUUCUUGAAAGUGAAAUACUGGGAAGUGUAUUUAAAUGGUACACUGACAUCAACAAUUGCUCAGUCAUAUGGUCGUUUCAGUAUGAUUAAUGUCACGAAACAUCCAGAAUUACAUAUCAGAUCAGUCACUGAAGCCGAGUUGUCAUCAAUGGAAGUUAGAUGUGUCCUUCAGUCGAUUGUAGAUGAAUCUGUCACAGUGGAACGACCUGAACGUGGACGGCUACAACGAUUACAAUUUCGUUUCUCUUAUGCUGAACUACGAGCUGUUGGUAGUGAAAUUAAUAUUUUACGAGGUAGUACAGUUGAAUUACCAUGGGCUGUAGAAGGUGAAGGACGUACACAAGUCGAUUGGUAUUAUUUAAAUGAUGCUAGUCGUGUACGCCAAGCAAUAGCACUGGACUCUUCUACAAGUGUCCAGUCAAAUCAAGAUGCAAAUCGACGUCGUAGUUCAAAUGAGCUACCUUGGGGUACAAAAUAUGAAUUAGUUGAUGGUACAUACGGGAAUUUACGAUUGAUUAAUUUAUCCGUAACGGAUUCUGGUCAUUAUAUUGCUGAGUCAGCACAUUUAGGUCGAUCAUUACGAAUUAAGUAUACUAUACGUGUUCGAGCACCUCUGGGUGUCAAGAUAACACCAAGUCGUAGAACUGUUGAUUGGGGUAGUCGAGUUGAAUUAACCUGUGAGGUGACUGGACAUCCACGUCAAUUAGUCUACUGGCUGCACAAUUCACGUCUAGUACCAAGACGUCAUCAUGUGCGUCAUAUACCAGCAGCAUCAAUGAAUUCUGGUUAUUCUGGUAUGGAUAAUAAUGGUCGAUCGAAUUCAAUUGCUGAACGACUGAUUAUCGAAGCAUUUAGUCUUGAUGAUAUUGGUGUAUAUCAGUGUAUUGCUGAAAAUGGUCAUCCAGCGGAUCGAUUAAGUCUAAGCAUGAAUACACAUCAAUCGUCGUCGUCUGAUUCAAUGUUCUCAUCAUAUCACAGCAGCAGUUCAUUGCCUACAUCAAAUUCAUCAUCAUUUCCAUAUUCUUCGUCGUCUUUGUCUGGUUCACCAUUAAUGGCGACAACAACAACAUCAACACUUAGUACACAAAAUGAAAAUGAGUUAACUGGUCAGGCUAAUUCAUUUUCAAGCCUUGAAAGUGUUGGCGACCUGGUCGACAAUGCUCAAGCUACCGCGCUUCUAAUGAUGGGUAAAAUGCGUCCAUCGUUAACAUGGCAAAAUCCAGCUGUUGAAUUGGGAUCAUUCGCUGCACAAGUACUCUUAUCUCUACAUAUGGGUUCAACAGACGCACUGUUAGAGUGUCGAUUUGCUGCCAACCCGCCACCGAAUAUUGUAUGGUAUCGAGAUGAUCAACCGAUAUCUUUAGACGACUCUGGUGUUCUCUCUGCUCAAGUUAUGUCUGAUGAGGGUACGGCGUGUACAACGAUUACUCGCCUCACAAUUAAUAUUCGUAAGUUGCAAAAUUUAGAUGAUAUGUGGACAUUCGGUGGAGAAUAUCGUGCAGUAGCUGAAAAUGCAUACGGUCAAGCAGAUUGUCGUACUUACGUGUUAAUGGAUACACCACUUCGAUUAAGACCAAUUGAUAUUGGUAAACCGGCUAUAGCUGGUCGAGCGUAUACUCUGAAAUGUUAUUUUAUUGGUAGUGGAAUACCAACGCUUCAAUGGCAUCGUAUAAAAAAUGGUCGUGAUGUUCGUCGUAUACCUGUCGACCAUCGACAUCAGCUGCUGGAGAAUGCUCGUGUACUACGGAUAACAGAAGUUAACCAAGAAGAAGAUGAAGCGAAUUAUCGAUGUACUGCUACUCUGGGAGAUAUGAUAGCUAAUAUGACUGUAUCACUGAAAGUAUCGCAUGCACCUCGUCUGUUUGAAUUACCACAAACACGACAAGUGAAAGAUGGACGUGAUAUGUUAUCCUAUAGUUGUGCUUUACAGAAUAGAGCUGAUAAACCAUGGUAUGCAUGGUGGGAAUUUCAACGUGAAGGGACGAAUGCAAUUGUACCGUUACCACCGUUUAAAAAAAGCGCCUAUGAUGGUUUUUCAGUUUCUUAUGUUGUCUCAGAGAAUGAAGCUACACCAUGGCGUCUUCCAGAUAGUUUACGUGAACGUGUACCAUCAUUUGUGCAUACUGAACCGAAUUCAGCUGUCCACGUGAGUGUCAAUGAAUUACGCAAAGAUCAACAUCAUGGGAAUUUAACAUGUGUAGUUGUUAAUGAAGUUGGCAUAGACAGACAAUCGAUACGUGUAACUUUUAUACCUGAAUUGGAAUUUGCAAUCAGGCCACCGAAUAAUCAGGAUGUUACUCUUGGCCAAACUAUUUCAAUUGAUUGUGCUGCUAAACCAUCAGAUCUACAACCUGUGGUUGAAUGGAAAUAUUUACAAAAAACCACUGGGUCAUAUGUCAGUGUGACUCAGUUAUCUGAAGCUACAAAUGGUCGUAUUGGUCAAUUAGCCAAUGGUACUUUAUUAUUAUCCAGUGUUGAUGAAUCAGAUCCACGGGAAUUUUUGUGUUUUUUAAAGCCAGGACGUUUAUCAACUGCAGCACAACGUAGUUCAGCUGUCAACCUUGAAGUACACGUACCAGCACGUAUUGAUCCAUUAGAAGGUGUUGAAAAAGUUCGUGGUUCACGAUUCAAUCUCACCUGUAGUGUAUAUGGUGAUCCAGAUGACUUGAAAGCUUCAUGGUAUUAUCGUUUAUCGCCGAAAUCACGUUGGCAAAUUAUUGAUAAACCAUGUGUUGUCCCACUGGCAUAUGUUGAUGAAAGUCGAUCAGCUUUACUUCUACGUGGUGGAGAUGAUGAUACACUGGAUGCUUUUCGAUUAACUGAUGAUGUCAUGUCCACUGAAGAUCGAGAUAUGGUAUUAUCUGAUCAAAUUGGUAAGAUGGUGACAGCUUCAUCAGAAGGUGGGAGCAGUAGUGCUAGUAGCAGCAGCGGCAGCAAAGAUUGGAAUCCAAGUUUAGCUGAUUGUCAAAGUUAUGCUACCGAAGGCUUAGAAAGUGGAAUACUAUUUCGUCAGGUAUCAUUUUUUAAACCAAACAAGCGUGGAUUAGAAAAACAGCUGCAAUUUCUAAAUCUUAAAGAAGUUCAUAUGGGUGAAUACUUGUGUAAAGCAUCCAAUAAAUAUAAUCGUGAUUCACAAGGACAACCAGUAGAAGUUGAAGCAUUUGUACGAUUAACUGUUAUAUCUGUUCCUGAUUCUGUUCAAUUUGUAUAUAAUAGUUCACGGACAACAGCCACAAGUGUUUCUUUUUCAUGGCUGCCUCCAUUACGUGAUGGAAAUAAACCAGUACGUCAAUAUCGUAUACGUUAUUCACACUCAGAACCAAGUGCCAACGGACCAAUAUCCUCUACAAAACAGCCUAAUGUCACAGAGAUUGAUGUCCCAGCGAAUCAGCAUCGUAUUGAAUUGAAUAAUCUUCGACCGUAUACAAAAUAUCAUAUCACUGUAGCAGCAAUCAAUGAUGUCGGUUCAAGUGUAGAGAAUGCUUUAGCGCUUACUACUCAAGAAGCUAAACCGGAUGGUCCAGUUCAACGCCUUAUAGCCAAUGGUACAGCAUCGGAUACAAUUGUAGUUAGCUGGGACAAUCCUGCACCAGAGCAUUUAAAUGGUAAUGUUGACCGAUAUUGGAUUUGUCGACAACGUAUAAAAGAUAGUCUAUCAGCUGAAGAGUUAACUGAACUCCCGUGGCCUGAAGAUCAAACUGAUGAGCAUAGUACAUCGAUGCGUGGUCGUUACAGUCGUGUACAUUGUAAUAUGGUUAUUCGACAAAUGGAUCAUGAAAUUACUGGUCUACCAAAGUUUACAGCAUAUGCAUUUCGUGUCAUUGCAAUGAAUAGUAAAGGUCCAUCACCACCAGCUUAUACACAAACAAGAACAUUGGAAGACUUACCACAAGCUCCUCCAGCAGAUGUGACAUGUGCAUCUCAACAGCAUAGUAUCACUGUAUCAUGGAAUCCUCCAAAUCCAGAUACUAUCAAUGGUAUUUUAACAGAAUAUCAUGUUAGUUAUUUUGCUGCUAAUGAAUAUGGAGAUGAAACAAGUUCAGUGAAUCAAGCCGUGAAAGGUCAGACAACUGUCACGUUAGCUGGUCUCUUAGCCUAUACCAAUUAUACAAUUCAAGUUGCUGUAAGUAAUCGUAAAGGUCGGGGACCUGCAUCGCCUAGAAUUAUCUGUUUGACAAAAGAAGCUCCUCCAGGCGCUCCAGAAUUUAUCAAAGUUAAACCGAUGAAUUCAUCUUGUAUUGUUGUAUCAUGGUCACAUCCACGUAAACCACAAGGUCAAAUAAAAAGUUACUGCUUAGAGGCGAUCCCACUACUGGAUACAUCACAAGAUGGUCUUGUCACUCUCUUCCCCUAUCCAAUCGCUUAUAAUGAUCGUACAAAAGGACCGUGUAUACGACCAGAUUUUUCAAGUUCUUAUAAUUACUACUUUUAUUGUGGUUUGGUUGAAGAACGACCAUAUAAUAUUUCAGUUCGUGGGACUAAUCAAUUCGAUGGUCAUAAAGCAUGGGCUGGACCUGUGCGUCCAACUAGCAAUCCUCCAGUUGGAAUUAUUUCUAUUGGUGAAAAGAUAAUAGCACAGAAUAAAAUGCGUGUUUGGAUGGAUUGUUUAGUUAUUGGCGGGUAUCAACCACCUCACUGGAUAUAUCCACAAGACGAUCUUGAUGAUUUACAUAUUCUCGACAAUGGUACAUUGACUGUAGAAUCUGCUCGUGUUGCUCACAGUGGACAUUAUAAGUGUUCAGCUGAUUCAGAUAGUAUAACAUACGAUUUACUUGUUCAAGAAAUUCUUGAAGAACCACCACGUAAACCUAUCUGGCAUAAAUUUACACCAAGUCUACGUGGUAUACAAGCUGAAUGGUUGUCGCCAGGCUCGAAACGACUUGAUGCACCUAUCCUAUGGUUCUAUUUAAAUUGGACAAAUUUGCAUACAGGACAAAUGGAAACUGUUCGUCUGUCAGCAGAUCAACGUACCUACUACUUGUCAAAUUUAACUUGUGCUACCACAGUGAAAUUUCAAUUGAAAGCUGAAAAUAAAGUUGGCAACAGUUCAUUGACUGAUGUCACUUCAUGGACUACAUUAGGCUCUGCUCCAUUAACAGCCAAUGCAGCUCAACUGAUACCGAAUAGUUUACGUCAACAAUAUUCUGUUGCUUUUAAUCUGUCUAAUUUUCUACCUGGUAAUGGUUGUCCUCCGUCGACAUAUCGUCUGUUAAUUGCUCCAUCAGAAGAUGGACAUUUAGGCUUAAAACAAACGCUGAUUAAUCAAACUUUGACAAGAGCUGAUCUUGUCACUAUUGAUAUAUUGAAUAGAGAAAGAUGUUGUUACAAUGUGACUAAUUUGAAUUCAGGUGCUCAUUAUCAUUAUAAGGUUGUCGCAUCAAAUGCUGCUGGUUCAGCAAGUGUUCAAGGACAAUUUUGGACAAGAACUGUUUCAGGACAUGAACCAGUUCUACGACAGACUCAUCUACUCGGCAAAGCAAAUCUAUUUCAACAGCCUACAGUCAUUGUACCUAUUACAGCAUUAUUUGCAAUAUUAUUACUUGUCACUGUGGCUCUACUAUUCUUUUGUCGUCAUCGUCGACUAGAAGAAGAUUUAACACCGAAUAAAGAUAUCACUGUAGCGCAUAAUGAUUUACUGCCAAGUCAUCAAGGCGAUUCACAACAACAACAACGUCAACAACAACACCACCAGCAACAGCAACAGCCAACUGUUGGACAUUCUUAUCAUGCUUAUCAUGUUGGCGGUGCUGGAGUUGGAAGAAAAGCUUACGGGAAUGAUAGUCUUCCACCGAUUCCUGCUGGUGGUGGUGGUGGUCAACAACCAGAUUCUCAAGCAAGUACAGUUGUAGCUGUUGGUCGUCACAGAAGUGGUGGCAUUAAAAGCUGGUUCAAUGGAACACGAAUGCGUCUAUACGAUCGUGGACAUCCUGUGAAUCCAGUUGAACCACCUUCACUUCAUACUGGUGCCAAUCAGAUUGGUAGUCAUAUUGUUGGUGAUGAAGAUGAACGACUCUCGACUAAUUCAAUUGAUAGUGAAGGCAAUAUUAAUCCAUAUGCGACAUAUGCAGCAACUGGUUUCGGUGAUCGUACAGAUGGUGGUGGUACUGGUGGUGUAGUUGGUACAAGUGCUAAUUUGCUGACUGGUUCAUCUGGUGUUGGUGUUAAAUCCUCUGGAGUUGUUCCCUCGUCAAUGGUUGACGGUGGUAUGAUGGUAGUCGGUGGUGGAAGGGGCGGUGGACGAGCUAUACGUGAUACAGGCAUGAGACGUGAUAAUUGUACUUCAAAUAUGCCUAAACCACCUGUAUGGAAUACAGCAUUUAGACGUGGACUUUCAAUCCCUUCAGAUCCAGAGUCGAUGAUGAGUGUUCCAGGGCAUCAUUAUCACUAUCCAAAUUUAGAUUCAACUGUUGGCAAUUCUACACUUGGACGGCCAUCUCAUCAUCUGAUUCGUGUUGGAUCUAGUGGUCGAUUAAGACUAGCUCAACAUAUGAUUGAUCCACGAUUAGUUCCACCGUCUACAGCUGCUCUAAUUGAUCCUGUGAUAUUAGCACCAUAUGAUAAUGGUACGCUAGGUUGUGAUUCUGAAGAUACUACAGAGGAAUUUGCUAGAACUUCAGUACUUGGUCCUUUAAGAAGUGGAUUAACCCGGCGGGUUAAUUCAUUUGAAUCUCUACAUCGGUUACAAGGAGGAAGAUCACAAACUUAUCAUCGUGGUUUCGGUACUUGUGCACCAGGUGGACGAAUUUUACUGCCUGUUGGAAUUACUGUCUCUGGUGGUGGUGGUGGUUCUGCUGUAGGUCCAAACGCCGCAUCAGUCUCAUUUUAUGAAUCCGGUGGCAGUAUUCAACCAUCUGAUCCUUCUGUUGCCUAUCGUGGAAGUGUACUAUCGAGUACAACAGUUUCAUCAAAUCAUGAAGAGCUUAUGCAAGCUUAUGAAUAUGGUCGUAAGCAUCACUUGAGAUCAUGUCUCACUUUACCGUCGAAUGCAGCUUUACCUCAUCCUGUACCAAUGAAUUUCGGUGCACGUUUAAUCCCUGCUCAUAUGAAUAUGGGAUUGGAUCAUACAAAUACGAACACCGCCACUGCUGCUGUUCCUCAUCCUGCUGCCUUAAUCGAUACAACUGAAGUUGGCGACGGAGAAGUCAGUGGAGGUUCUGCUUCCAGUGAUGCAACAGACUCUGGGAUACGACAGUUUACUCAACAACCACCGCAACCGGAUGAAGCACGACAUGCAGCCUGUGAAGUACCACUUAUCUAUGAUGUUAAUCAGCCUACUUCACGACGUCUUAUCCCUGGUGCAUCUGGACAUCGUGGUGCUGGAGGAGGCGGUGGCGGCAGAAUUCCUAUUUUUGGUGUAUCACGAACAAAAACUGGUAAUCGUCUUCAACAAUCAAAACUGAUCCGAUGUGAUUCUGACUGUCCAUCGGAUAUGACAGACACUUAUGCUACUGUGGACUACAAUGGUGCUAGUGGUGGUGCCAGUGGUGGUGGUCCACCGUAUACACUAUCCACAUCUACACGACAGAAUCCAUCUAUCCGUGGUAGUGCAACAGCUGCGGGAAUUCAAAGAAAUCUCUAUGGACAAAUGGCAGCAAAUGUUCCAUAUUCAACGCGUGCUUAUCAACCUUUACCUGUACCACCGUCAACUUCUACAAUUGAAUACUCGGAUGCUGAUCCAUCAACAGCUUACGGUCCAGCGGGUAUGUAUGAUGAAUCUGGCCAAUUUCAACAGACUUCAUCGUAUUAUUAUCCUUCUACUGGCGGGACAAAUAUUCUACGAUCUGGUGGAUUCGGCAAUCCUGUUACACCACAUCAUCAAAUGGUUGUACCUUAUGCAUCAAAUCAAAUGAAACGAAGGGAUGCAAGAAAACAAACAUCUGGUCGGACAAAUCCCCGUCAAUUGCAUGCAAGACAAUUAUCUGAGCCAAAUAGAGAUGAAACUGUAGGAUUGUUGACAGGAGCAGCAGUAGGUGGACCUUCUAGCUCGCAUCCAGUUGAUGUGUACAAUUCAGCAAUGCGUGGUCAAAUCUACACUGCUGGAGUUCGUAAUGUUAAAAAUCUUGCAGCCAAUAUACCUAGUUCCAGUGGAAUAAGUGCCCAUGAACCUAUCGGUGGUGGUGGUGGUGUUGUUGUCAGUGGUGGUGGGUAUCAGGAGAACGCCUCUGCAUCAAAUCAAAUUCAAGCACCAGAAGAGAAUGUCUAUACUUCAGAAUUUGUACUUGUUUAA